UAAAGACAUAGCUAUAUCAGUAUUCUUGCAAAUAUUCUUGAACUGAUUUGACUAAACAAACUCUGAAAUUUUGCUCUGUGCUUUUGUUUAAUAUCCAAUAGAAAAAGUCCAAGAUUUCAGCUUCACGUAAACUAAUGUUGAAGAGCCUGAUGGUUGCUAAAGCUAAAGAGAUGUUGGAGCAGGAGGCAUUGGAUAAAGAGGAGGAAAAACAGCAAUAUCUGGCAGAAAAUGCUCCUGUUCUACAGACUAGUGGAAUGUCUUUUGCAGAGCUCCAAGAACUGUGUCGGGAGCUUCAUGCCAAGAUAGACGAGGUGGAUGAGGAGCGCUAUGAUAUUGAAGCAAAAGUGCUACAUAACACCAGAGAGAUAAAAGAUCUAAACAUUAAGGUUUUAGACUUGAGAGGGAAGUUUAAGCGGCCCAAUCUGAGAAGGGUAAGAGUGUCAGCAGAUGCCAUCCUGCGCUCUCUCUUGGGCUCCAAACACAAAGUGUCAUUAGACCUGAGAGCAAACCUCAAAUCAGUCAAGAAAGAGGACACAGAGAAGGAAAAAACUGUAGAGGUUAGUGACUGGAGGAAAAACGUGGAGGCCAUGUCCGGAAUGGAAGGCCGUAAGAAAAUGUUCGAUGCUGCCAAGGGACCUGUGCAGUAAUCAACAGAAUGUGGGAUCAGUCGAGUGUGAAGAGGCAGCAAUGCUGACAUCUGCAUCCUAGGUUAUUGUCGGCAUACUGCCAAGUAAAUUUCUUUAUACAAAUCAUUUAUUGUUUAUCUAUAAUUUCUGCAUAUAAUUGUGUAGCACUCAGUUUAUUAUAUCAGAGUAUGUGUGAGUUUAUUUCAAUGUCAGAAAAGUCUCUUAAUGUUCAUUGCUCUGAAUCAUCAAAUAUUUCAGUCCAGUAUAAAGUGACUUGACAAGCAUCUAUAUGGUUUGCCAGGAGUCAAGAUAUAUACACAUUCAGUCAGAGUUGACCAGAACUACAACACUGGAUUGUCAGACCAUAGAAACAUUUUUGUUUGAUAGUCUUUGAUUAC